AAAAAAAAAUUCUCUCUCCUCUCUCUCUUCUCUUCCUCCUCUCUCUCUUCUCUCUCUCUCUCUCCGAUUUUUCAUCUUCGUCUUAAAAACGAGGACCUCCCCUCCUCUUUCUCCUCAACGGCCGAAACUCGCCGAUUUUAGAUAGAGAAAGAAAAAGAGAAGUCUCCGUUUCUUCUCAUUUCCCAAUUCUGCCCUCCAAUUUCAACCCUCUUUUCUGGAAAAGCCCCUCGCCAAUGCCCAGCCGAACGCCUCGGAAGAGAUAACACAGCGGAAGGGCAAAAUUGGGAAAGAAAAACGACGCCCACGAUGAGCGUGAGGACGUACGGACGUCGCAACCGUGGCAGCAUUCCCAACGGAGCCUUCUCCGUUGACGCCCUAAACGACGCCGUUCACGACUCCCAAGAAGACACUCCUUCCCAAGACCACCACAACCUGUACGGCAUCCCUUUCUCAUCGCAAGAGUCUUCUUUCGAAUUCGAUCCGUACGGCAUCGAUUUCUCGUCCCAGGGCUCUUUCCGCGACGACGAUUCGCUGCCGAACGCCGUCGUUCCGAAGCCCAAGAAGCCAAAGGUUUCGAGGAAUUCGGCUCGGCCGCCGGCGAUUCCGGCGACGGCGACGCUGAUGGAGGCGCAGGAGUUCGGGGAGAUGAUGGAGCACGUGGACGAGGUGAAUUUCGCGCUCGAUGGGCUCAGGAGGAACCAGCCGGUGCGGAUCAGGAGGGCGAGUUUGCUGUCGCUGUUGUCCAUCUGCGGUACGGCCCAGCAGAGACGGCUUUUGAGGGCCCAAGGGAUGGCAAAGACAAUUAUUGAUGCUGUCUUGGGUCUCAGCCUUGAUGAUUCGCCUAGCAAUUUGGCUUCUGCUGCUCUUCUUUUUGUCUUGACAAGUGAUGGUCAAGAUGAGCACCUUUUGGAAUCACCCAGCUGCAUACAAUUUCUAAUUAGGUUGUUGAAACCAAUAUCCUCUACUGCUACUGAAGAAAAAGGACCAAAAAUUGGUUGUAAGCUUCUAGCAUUAAGUACAGGUCCUGGCAUUUUGAAGACUUCCAAAACAGGGGAUAGCACUUCUGCUGCAAUUUUGUCCAAAGUACAUGAAGUUCUCCUAAGUUGCAAGGAGUUAAAGUCAAGCUAUGGGAAUACUGGAAUGAGAAAGCAAAAUUUGUGCCCAAAAUGGAUAGCUUUGCUGACCAUAGAGAAAGCAUGCUUAUCUACUAUCUCUCUUGAAGAAACCUCUGGGACAGUGAGGAAAACCGGGGGAAACUUUAAGGAAAAAUUGCGAGAGCUUGGAGGUCUUGAUGCUGUCUUUGAGGUGGCCAUGAACUGUCAUUCUGAUAUGGAGAGCUGGAUGGAAAUUAGAAUGCCUCUUGCUCGGGAUGCAAAAUUUGACAUGAAUAUGCAGUGCCUAUCUCUGCUUUUGAAAUGCCUGAAGAUUAUGGAAAAUGCAACGUUUCUAAGUAAAGAUAAUCAGAACCAUUUGCUUGGGAUGAAGCGAAGGACUUCAACAGGAAGCCCCUUAUCCUUCACAGAACUUGUUUUGGCUGUCAUUAAGACUCUCUCAGAUCUUUAUGUAUUCAAAACUUCCGCGGUGGCGUCCACUGAUGAAAAGCCUUCUGCUCCGUUUGAUGGGACUUCAUAUUAUUUUGAAUUUGAUUUCCAAGGAGACGUCAAUGGGAAAAUUUUUAGUGAUUCCUUUAAAAGUAAUUCAGAGAAGAGCUUUACUAAAUUGCGGAACGGCGAAAUUGUGUCUGCCACACGGUUAGAGUGUUCUAGUUCUGAAACUACCAGCACCUCUAUGACUGAUGGCUAUUCGUUAAAGACGAGACGUAGAUCUUCUGCAUCUAGCUCAUGCAGUGGAAUGUCAAGGAGUUUAUCUGGUAGUAAUGCAACUAAGAAUAGUUCAAUGAAGAAUGUUGAUAUUGUGCUUUUAGACGAUAGCCAAGAUCCGUUUGCGUUCGAUGAAGAUGAUUUGGAGCCUUCUAAGUGGGAAGUGCUGUCUGGAAAGCAAAACACAUCGAGGACUAAAAGAAUUGGACUGAAGGACAGAGAACCCGAUUAUGGGUUUCAGUCUCGAAUUAAAAUGAGCCAGGAAGAAACAAGUAGUGGAGAAAAUAAUCACUCGCAUGAAGCUUCCUGUUCAACUUCUGUUGAUGAAGGGCGCUCCAGCCUUUUAGCUGACUGUCUUCUUACUGCUGUCAAAGCCUUAAUGAAUGUAACAAACGACAAUCCUGUUGGCUGUCAGCAAAUUGCUGCCUGUGGAGGAUUAGAGACCAUGUCUUCCUUGAUUGCUUUGCACUUUCCUUCAUUCAGCUCGUCUCCACCAUCCUUUCUUGAUGUUGAUAAUCAGAGUGAUAGACCUCUAACUGAUCACGAACUCGAUUUUCUCGUCGCUAUUUUGGGCCUCCUUGUGAACUUGGUCGAGAAGGAUGGUGAAAACAGAUCACGGCUUGCAUCCGCCAGUGUCCCAUUGCAUAAGUCCAAUUUUUACUCCGAAUUUUGUGGUAAGGCGAGCAGAAAGGAUGUAAUUCCACUACUCUGUUCCAUCUUUUUGGCCAACCAAGGAGCAGGUGAGGCGGUCCAUGAAGGAAAAGUUCAGCCAUGGGAUGAUGAAGCAGCCGUGCUACAAGGAGAAAAAGAAGCUGAGAAAAUGAUACUAGAAGCUUACGCCGCUUUGCUUCUAGCAUUCCUUUCGACUGAAAGCAAGAGCAUACGUGAUGCUAUUGCUGACUGUCUUCCCGAUCGCAACUUGGUAAUUCUAGUACCCGUGUUGGACAGAUUUGUGGCAUUUCAUUUGUCAUUGAACAUGAUCACCCCGGAGACUCAUAAAGCUGUUAGCGAAGUUAUUGAAUCAUGUAGGGGGGGAGGAUGAGACUUCGACGGACCACCGGAAACCUGUACAGACUCGGUCUUUCAUUCCAAAUACAACUUUUUAGUUGUUGCACACUACAUAACCGGAUAUUUGUGUAUGUUGUUUCACACCCCCUAUCAAACUGACCACAGCCCUUUGUCAAGUCUGGUUCACAUUGGUCUUUUUUUUUUUAGCCUCCUUUUUGUUCUUUGCUAUGUCAUUCUUUUGUAGGUUCCUUUCACAUCGUUUUGGUGCGUAGAGAUGAUUGUAUACGAAUCUGAUAGCAAAAUGAAUAUAUUUUACUUUUUGUUUUUUGGGUCAAUGUCGAAUGUUAUUUCUCCUUGUUAUUUCUCCUUUGCCCCCCUUUAAGCAUGUUACUUGUCUUCU